UGUCAGGAGGAUCCCCUAACACGCAGGCAAGCAGAGUCACACAUACUAUCCAUUCCAUUCUAUUUCUCUUCUAAUUCUAUUCUUUCUUUUCUUUUGUCCUUUCCUUCACUUUACUUCUUGCAUCAAAUUCCUUCACCUUCCUCCUAAUUCCUUCCAUUUUCCAAUUAAUCAAAUUAUUAUACUAUUACUAUUGUCACAAAAUCUUUAAUCUUAUCAAUCUAAAUCAUCAUAAAUACUAGUAUCUUCAUUUUCUCAUCAACCCAAAACCGUUUUUAUAGUUUUCAAUUCAAACGAAAAAUCUGAGUCUGUGAGCUUAGUGUUGUUGAAGAUGGCGAUGGUUCCAUGGCGUGGCGUCGGUUGUUGUUUGAGUGCUGCUGCUCUUUACCUUCUCGGUAGAACCAGUGGCAGGGAUGUUGAUAUUCUUAAAUCUGUUAACCGGGUUAAUCAGCUGAGGGAGCUAGCACAACUGUUGGAUGAAGAAAUAUUUCCCUUGGUUGUUGCAAUUUCUGGAAGAGUGGGUUCUGAAACUCCAAUUAGCUGCGAGUUCAGUGGUUUAAGAGGUGUUAUAAUUGAAGAAACAGCAGAGCAACAUUUUCUCAAACACAGUGAUGCUGGUUCCUGGAUACAAGAUUCUGCGUUAAUGCAAUCCAGGAGUAACGAAGUUCCUUGGUAUCUGGAUGAUGGAACUGGUCGUGUACGUGUAGUUGGAGCUCAGGGUGCUACUGGUUUUGUAUUGCCUGUUGGAAGUGAGGCAUUUGAAGAGUCAGGUCGGUUACCUGUACGCGGAACAUCGGAUUAUGUACAAGGUCUAAAGAUGCUUGGAGUUAAAAGAAUUGAACGGGUACUUCCAGUUGGAACUUCCUUGACUGUUGUUGGUGAGGCUGCUAAAGACGAUGUCGGAACCAUUCGAAUUCAGCGACCCUCCAAAGGGCCAUUUUAUGUCUCUCCCAAAACAAUUGACGAACUCAUUGCAAAUAUUGGGAGAUGGGCGAGGUGGUAUAAGUACGCCUCUGCGGGCUUGACAGUGUUGAGUGUUUAUAUGAUAGCCAAUCAUGCUGUUCGAUACAUCUUGGAAAGACGACGUCGCAACGAAUUGGAAAAAAGGGUUCUCGCUGCAGCUGCUAAGAUAUCUGGACAAGAUAAUGGAGGUGAAAUGGAUGACAGUUUAUCAGAUGGUGCUAAAAGGGAACGUGCAAUGCCAAAUUUGUGUGUAAUAUGCCUCGAGCAGGAAUAUAAUUCUGUUUUUGUUCCGUGUGGGCAUAUGUGCUGCUGUACAGCUUGCUCUUCGCACUUGACCAGUUGUCCUCUUUGCCGGAGACAGAUAGAGAAGGCGGUAAAGACUUUCCGUCAUUGAGUAUUGAGCAUACAUAAACUGACAUGAGAAUGAGGAUUCAUGCGUUAUGAAUCCAACAGUAACAGUUUGGGCAAUUGCGAUCAUAUAAUUAUGCAAGUUUUCAUCCAUUGUCUUUGUCUACAAGCAAUAUCAGAAACUUUCAAAUAAGCAUCAAGAUGGUGACCUACUGUUGGUUCUUUUGGCCUCUUAAAUUGUAAAUAUUUACUAUCCGAACUAGGUGCAUGUUACUCCAAUUCCCAUAUAUGGUAUCUUUCUUUCUAAGUUUUUGUUGACUGUUCUGACCCAAAAUGUAACUUAAGUCCCGUGGAUUUCUUUAAAUUAUAUAAUGCAUUUAGCGAACACAUUUUGUUAAUGUGACCGACCCGACUUGUUCUUCA